ACUUCAUAUAAAAAAUAAAUUUUCUACUACAUAAGAAAACUAACAAUUCAAAAGAUCAAUAUUUAAAUUAUGUCUGCUAACUUGCUUCAGGUACUUGGAAGUAAAAAAGAACAGUUUUUAAUUUAUAAUACUUUAUCUAGUCUAGUCAAAGCAUUAGAAGGUUAUUACACUACGAUAGAUUUAAGAAAUGAAAGUAGUGUUUCAGGACUUGUUACCAAAGUAGACGGUUUUAUGAACGUUGAAAUGGAAGAUGUAGUAUAUAUCGAUUCCACAGGUAUAUCACAUUUUUUUAAUCAAUUUUUUGUUCGUCACCGUAACAUUAGGUAUGUCCAUAUUCCAGAAGAAUUAUCACCAAACCAAAUAAUGCAAGAACAAAUAAGUGGUAUGAAAAAACCUAGAAUUAUUAAUAAAAAACGAACAUUUAAGCAACUUAGAGCUCAAAGGUACCAAAAAGAAACUCUACGGUCUCUAAAUAAAUAAUUCAUUUAUUUUGUAACACUGAAUGAUGAAAUUUGUG